AUGCCUCCCAUUGCCCCAGGAAGCCUCGUCCUCGUCACGGGCGCCAACGGCUUUGUCGCCGGCGUCCUAAUCGACAAGCUCCUCGCAGCCGGCUACAAAGUCCGCGGCACGGUGCGCUCUCUCGAAAAGAACAAAUGGAUGUCCACGCACUACGGGCCGUCCUUCUCCCUCUCCGAAGUCCCCGACCUCAGCGUCCCCGGCGCCCUCGACGAAGCCGUCAAAGGCUGCGACGCCGUUGCCAACGUAGCCUCGAACACGGCCAUAGAUCCCGAUCCCUCCGUCUUCAUCCCGCCGGUUAUAAAGGCGACAGUCAACGUGCUGGAAUCCGCGGCCAAGGAGCCCAAAGUCAAAAACGUGGUGUACACCAGUUCCGUUGUCGCGAUGGCGCACCAAGUCCCCGGGGAGCCGCGCGUGCUGGACAAGCAUUCCUGGAACGAGUACGCGCUCAAGGAGGCGUGGAACCCCGACGCCAAGGAAGAGGGCCUCGCGCGCAUGCUGGUGAACUACGCGUGCUCGAAAGCGGCGUCGGAGAAGGCGUGUUGGGACUGGAUGGCCGCGCACAAGCCGGGCUUUACGUUCAACACCGUCUGUCCGCCGGUCGUGCUGGGCGCCCCGAGCGCGGCGAUAUAUACCGGGUUCUCGUCCUCGGCGGGCUUCGCGAAGAUGCUGUGGGAUGGGCACCCGGAGAUCGCGUUCAUGAUCCCGCCGCAGUGGUACGUCGACGUCGAGGACGUCGCGCUGCUGCAUGUCGCAGCGCUUUCUCAGCCCGACGUCGAGAACGAGCGGCUGAUGGCGUUUGCGGGGAAGUUCACGUGGAACGAGGUCUUGGGCGCUCUCCGCAAGUUCGCGCCGGAGAGGAGCUGGCCGGAGCGUAUUGAAGAACCGCCAGCUGAUCAGGCGAGCGUUGAUAUUGGAAGCAGCGCGGAGUUGUUGAAAAGGCUGGGGAAGAAAGAUGGGUUUGCGAGCUUGGAGGAGGCAGUACGCAAGUGGGUGGAGUGCAUGGUGGAGGCGGAGAAGAUGGAUGGGGUACCAGAGUCGUUGGUAGAUAAGAUGGCGGCGCAGUUGAAUGCUGGGAAGUAG